AUGGAUCCAGUAAAGGAAAUGAAUGGCCUUGACAAUCUUGCUUUUGAGCAGCCGAAUGAACAAGUUACUGAUCAACCUGGGGAAAAUGUGGUUAAAACUCAUGGAGGCAGCUGUGAAGUGGAGGAAGACAGAAAUAAACCAACCUAUUGUGUAACUGAUGUUCCUCCCUGGUACCUUUGUAUUUUCCUGGCCAUUCAGCAUUACUUGACAGCAUUCGGUGGGAUUAUCGCCAUCCCUCUCAUUUUAGCGGAGGGGCUGUGUCUGCAGCACGACAGCCUGACUCAGAGUUACCUCAUUAACACCAUAUUCUUCGUCGCCGGUCUGUGCACAGUUCUGCAGGUCACGUUCGGUGUCAGGCUUCCCAUACUACAGGGCGGCACAUUUGCCUUAGUGACACCUGCCAUGGCCAUGCUGUCCUCGCCAGAGUGGAAGUGCCCUGCUUGGACCCAGAACGCCAGUCUGGUCAACACCUCCUCGCCUCUCUUCAUAGAGGUGUGGCAGACCCGCAUGACAACACUGCAGGGCUCUAUCAUGGUGGCAUCUCUCCUCCAGGUCCUGGUUGGAUUCUCUGGCCUCAUCGGCUUCCUCAUGCGCUUCAUCGGCCCUUUAACCAUUGCCCCCACAAUCUCUCUCAUAGGCCUGUCACUGUAUGAUUCAGCCGGAGUCAAGGCUGGCAGUCACUGGGGCAUCUCUGCUAUGACCACAGUGCUGAUCAUCCUGUUCUCACAGUACCUCCGACACAUACCAAUCCCUGUUCCUGCAUACAGCAAAGACAAGAAACUGCACACCUCAAAAAUCUUUAUCUUCCAGAUAAUGCCUAUUCUGCUGGGCAUAUCGGUCUCAUGGUUAGUGUGCUACCUCCUCACCAUCUAUGAUGUCCUACCAUUUGAUCCAGCUGAGUAUGGCCACCUGGCUCGUACUGAUGUGAAGGGAGAUGUGGUGAGUCGGGCUCCCUGGUUCACACUUCCUUAUCCAGGUCAGUGGGGUAUGCCAACUGUGAGCCUGGCAUGUGUGUUUGGCAUUAUGGCUGGAAUAAUAUGCUCCAUGGCAGAGUCUGUGGGCGACUACUAUGCAUGUGCCAGGCUGUCAGGGGCCCCUCCUCCCCCAAAGCACGCCAUCAACCGAGGAAUUGGUAUCGAAGGGAUCGGCUGUGUGUUGGCAGGGGCCUUUGGCACCGGCAAUGGCACUACCUCAUAUAGUGAAAAUGUAGCCGCCUUAGGUAUAACUAAGGUGGGUAGUCGAACAGUGAUUCUACUAAGUGGAGUUUUUAUGAUUUUGAUGGGGAUGCUGGGUAAAAUUGGAGCCAUCUUCUCAACCAUCCCCACCCCUGUGAUUGGAGGGAUGUUUCUGAUCAUGUUUGGAGUCAUUACCGCCGCCGGAAUUUCCAAUUUGCAGUCAACAGAUAUGAAUUCCUCCAGGAAUAUCUUUGUUUUUGGUUUCUCCAUGUUUUCUGCACUCGUCAUUCCAAACUGGAUCAUGAAGAAUCCUGAUUACUUAGUGACAGGUGUGACAGAGCUGGACCAAGUGUUGCAGAUAUUGUUGACCACUCAUAUGUUUGUUGGAGGGUUCCUUGGCUUCUUCCUUGAUAACACAAUUCCUGGCACUAAACGUGAGCGUGGCCUGUUAGCCUUCGACAAAGUGCAUCUUGAAAACUCUAGCAGCGUCUUGAGAGCUGAAGAUGUAUACGACCUUCCCUUUGGCAUCACUUCUUACCUCUCAUCUCAAUCCUGGGUUCGUUACAUCCCUUUCUGCCCAUGGAGGGGGCAGAAAUCUCAGUACGAGUCUAAGAACGAUAUGUCCCAGGGCCAGGACAGAGAGCAUCUGCCUGAUAACGUAACAGAAUGUGCUCUAUAAGACCACACUUCUCAGGGCACUCUAUCUCUAGCUUUGACUUCUUGUUAUUUCUCUAAAUUGAAACACUUUCUAUUGUUGCACUGAUUGUAAGUUGCUAUGCAUUACAGCAUAAGUCAUAUAACAUAAAUGCACUUUCUCAGCUUUUGUUUGAUUUUUUUUUUUUUUUUUUGAUGUACACCAAAUAACUACUGCUAUUUUAUAUUUUCACCAUGUGAGCCUGUUUACAGAAAGAAAUAAAGUGUGGACUGUAGCUCUCUC